GUCUCUAUAUAAGAAAGCUGCCACAUGCGUUUCUAUAAGUCUCCAGUCCUGACAGAGAGUUGGUGCAAAAAUACUUGCGAGCCUAAGAUUAUAUUUUAUUACAUAUCUAAUAACAAACCUACCAAAUAUGAACAUACAUUUGCAGUUUGUUUCUUUCGCACUAUGUUUAUUUGCGUGCAUUACAUUGGUUUGUGGACUACCAAUAGAACCCUCAGAACCACCUAUAAAAUCAACAAUAAUUGAUCUCAAGUUUGCGUUGACCACCGCGAAAAUAGUAUCGAUUGCUGUAAACAAUACCUUCAAAACUUAUUGUCCAUGGACAAACAUAAAUAGAUGCCAUCAACUUGCUGACUAUUUCCGUAACAAACUGGUCGUUCCAUUACCACAGUUGUCUCUUCAAGACAACAUUACCAAAAACCAAACAGAAUUGUUAAAUAUGGCCCUAGUCAACAGCUCUACCACACUCAGGAAAUAUGCCAUCCUGAUUAAGAACCAAGUGGAGAUAGAACAUGACCGUAUAUGUGCUCCUGCCAAAAUCAUAGCAGUGCCGUGUCAUUAUCCAGCUGCCUGUUCUAAGCAUAUUUCUGAUUCAAAGGCUAUGAGUUAUUGCUAUUUGAGAUUUGUUGAAUCCUAUUUAACUGACUUGAAUCUGUUGAUAUCCUUGGAUUCUCGUGACACAAAAGUAGACGAGAGGCUUUUCUUACGAAAAGGCGCUUCAGCUUUUCAUCGACGAAUAUCCAUUCUGGUUACUCUACAGACACUUCUGGAACAUGUAACCCUCACCCAAAGAAUUCUACAGAUAUACGAGUAGUUAUUGCUAUCAUUAGAAUUUUAAAGAAAUGAGAUGAAUAUCUGGCGUGGCUAUAGGUGCAAGCGUAGCUGUGUAAGAAGUGUCUUUCAACCACAUGGUUCUGGGUUCAGUUCCACGAAUAGCAACUUGGUACAAGUGUCUUCUAUAACCUCGGGCCGACCAAAGCCUUGUGAGUGAAUUUACUAGACAGCAACUGAAUGAAGCCCGUGGUGGAUAUGUGCAUGUGCGUGUGGGCCUUUGUGUCUGUGUUUGUUCUCCACCAUAAUUUGACAACCAGUGUUGGUAUUUCUACGUCCCCGUAGCUUAGUGGUUCGGCAAAUAUACUAAGCACUAAGCUUUAAAAAAGUAGUGGAGUCGAUUGAUUCGACUAAAAUUUCUUCAACGCUGUAAUCCAGCAUGGUUGCAGUUUAAUGCAGGGGUCGGCGAACCGGGGUAAAUUACUCCACUUGGGGGUAAAAAUGAAAUUCUUGGGGGUAAUGAUGACUCAUUAGACGUAAAUAAAUUUUAUAAAAAAAUGUGUUCCUUGUUACGACAGAAAUUUUUCUUGUGGCAUGAGGAGGCAGUCGAGAAUGUUGCUGCCUUUUGCAACAACCAGCCUCUGCGAAUAAGGAUUUUCAACUCCAAUGAACGUAAACACAAAGCCGAAUAAUCGAAUGGACCCUGAAGACUAUAUGCUCUGGCAUCAAAAUGCCCCAAUUCUGAUGUAAUUGUAACAAAAAUGAAACAACAUUUCUCCAAAACCUGAAGUGAAAAAGUUUCUAGAAAAACCUUUUUGUUUCAUAAUGAGGAUAUUAAUUUAUCUUAUCGCGUUUGUUUUAUACUUUUUAUAUUUAUAAUUGUAUUCUCCAUAUAAAUAGAUUCAAAUAUUCUUUUGAUUUUCUUCCUUUGAAAUCAAGGGAGUAACUUCAGCGUAAAUAAAUAUAUUUUGUGAGUAACUGGUUAAAAAAGUUCGCCGACCCCUGAUCUAAUGACGGAAACAAGUAAUAAACGAAAGAUAAAAAGUGAUGGUAUAUAAGUAUUGUAAAUUAUUGUUAAUUAUAAUAUUAUUUAUUAUAUAAUAUUUAUUAUAUUUAUUAUAUAUUUAUUACAUAUUUAUUACAUAAGGCGGCGAGCUGGCAGAAUCGCUAGCAAGCCGGGCGAAAUACUUAACGGUAUUUUCUCUGUCGCUACGUUCUGAGUUCAAAUUCCACCGAGGUCGACUUUGCCUUUUGGAAUCGAUAAAUUAAGUACCAGUAAAACACUGGUUCGAUGUAAUCGACUCAUCCCCUCUCCCACAAAUUUCAGGCCUUGUGCCUAUUGUAGAAAGGAUUAUAUAUUUAUUAAAUAAUAUUCAUUAUAUACUUAUUAUAUAAUGUUUGUUAUAUAUUUAUUACAAAUUUGUUAUGGCUUCCCAUCAUUGUGGCUAGCGCACUACACAUUCUUCAUUUUCUCUCUUUGUUCCUUUUUGUGUGCCUUUCUGUGGAAGAGUGUAGGCUCGAAACGUUAAAGACUUUUAAUUCCCGAGCGUUAUAUUAAUACAUCUGUUUGUUGUCUACACCAUCUGUCUUCGCCUUUUGUUUUUUUUGUGAAUUCUCCCUAUAUAUUCUAUUGCUAUAUGUUAUAUUUUAAUGAUUACUGAUAUUUUAUAUUUUAUAUCUUAUAUAUGUAAGGCAUAAUAUGUCAUAUGUAUGUAUAUUGUUAUAAUUGUCCUU